CACAGCGCUGGCUCUGUCUCCAAGUAUCUGAGCAGCCUCUCCGCUGAGUGACAGAAAGAAAUAGCAGUCUGGGCAGAGAAAUGUUCUAGGCAAAUCAGGAGCCAGUCGGCAGUGACCAAUGGGGAUCUGCAGUAGCCAGAAAGAGAGAAGCUUUAACUCACACCGUGGGAGGAAGAGAGUUACUCAGAGACUGGGAGGAGGGAGAAAAAAGAUAAUUGAGUAGAAUAGCGCAGAGAUCAAAACUGCAUCUUGGGAAACCCGAAGGGAUAUCUCCAAAGAGAGGUGCCUGCUUUACAGCAGAGAGAGAGAGCGAGAGAGAGAGAGAAUUCACUCUCCAUAUAUGUCAAUGUGCAGCAGCCAGGGAGGGUGCACACAGUGUUCCUCAUCUUGCUCUGUUGCAUACUUCUUCAUUAAAGCAGGAGGAGAACAGUGCUAUUUGCAGUGCAGCGUGGGAUUCCCUCACACAGGGAUCUAUAGGGGGUUGUGACAUCAGCAACACGCUUUAUAAGCCCCCCAGGCACUAUUAUCCUGUUUCCUACCAUGCACGACGGAAAAGAACCAGGUACCAGGGAACUUUCCCUUAUGUAGAUGGAAUAACAAAAUCCUAACAGUUUGGUGACGGAAAGGAUUUGAUCCCUGGAUAUAUCACAUCCACUUUCACACCAAAGACAGCGUAACAUGGCAUAAACAUGGCUCAGUUUUACUAUAAAAGAAGCUCCAACUCACCCUACCAGGACCGGAUUCCUCUGCGCAUUGUGCGUUCAGAAUCAGAGCUCUCCCCAUCUGAGAAAUCCUACCUGGUCGCUGUAGAAAAAGGGGACUAUGCCAGCGUAAAACAAGCACUCGAAGAAGCUGAAAUAUAUUUUAAGAUAAAUAUUAACUGCAUUGAUCCUUUGGGAAGAACUGCUUUACUUAUUGCCAUUGAAAAUGAGAACCUUGAACUGAUUGAGCUACUUUUGUCUUACAACGUCUAUGUUGGUGAUGCAUUACUGCAUGCUAUAAGAAAAGAAGUCGUGGGGGCAGUAGAACUACUUUUAAAUCACAAGAAGCCAAGUGGAGAAAAACAGGUCCCCCCAAUCCUCCUAGAUAAACAGUUCUCAGAAUUUACACCAGAUAUAACUCCAAUAAUAUUGGCUGCUCACACAAACAAUUAUGAAAUCAUAAAGCAUUUGGUACAAAAGGGCGUUUCCGUGCCAAGGCCCCACGAGGUUCGGUGCAAUUGUGUUGAAUGUGUUUCAGGCUCUGAUGUGGAUAGCCUCCGACAUUCCCGAUCCAGGCUAAAUAUCUACAGAGCUCUGUCGAGUCCCUCUCUUAUUGCAUUAUCCAGUGAAGAUCCAUUUUUGACAGCUUUUCAGUUGAGCUGGGAGUUGCAAGAGUUGAGCAAAGUGGAAAAUGAAUUCAAAUCAGAGUACGAGGAACUGUCAAGUCAGUGUAAGCAGUUUGCCAAAGAUCUUCUAGAUCAGACACGGAGUUCCAGAGAAUUGGAAAUUAUUCUCAACUACAGAGAUGAUGGUGGAUUGUUGGAUGAAUCGAAUGGCAAUGACCUUGCUCGAUUAAAACUGGCAAUAAAAUAUCGCCAGAAAGAGUUUGUUGCUCAGCCCAAUUGUCAACAGCUGCUUGCCUCUCGAUGGUACGAUGAGUUUCCAGGUUGGAGGAGAAGACACUGGGUAGUGAAGAUGGUGACCUGUGUUAUAAUAGGACUGCUCUUCCCUGUCUUCUCUUGUUGCUACUUAAUAGCUCCUAAAAGCACCUUCGGACUCUUCAUCAGAAAGCCUUUCAUCAAGUUCAUCUGUCACACUGCAUCAUACUUGACUUUUCUGUUCCUUCUUCUACUGGCAUCACAACAUAUCAACAAGACAGAGCUGCAGGGACCCGCACCAACCAUUGUUGAGUGGAUGAUAUUACCGUGGGUUUUGGGCUUCAUAUGGGGAGAAAUUAAACAAAUGUGGGAUGGUGGAUUCCAGGAUUAUAUCCAUGACUGGUGGAACUUGAUGGAUUUUGUGAUGAAUUCCUUAUAUUUGGCAACAAUUUCAUUGAAAAUUGUUGCAUAUGUCAAGUUUCAUGGACAGCGCAAUCGAGCGGAAUGGGAAAUGUGGCACCCUACACUGGUCGCAGAAGCAGUUUUUGCUAUUGCCAACAUCUUCAGCUCCUUGCGACUGAUCUCAUUGUUUACAGCAAAUUCUCACCUGGGUCCUCUACAAAUCUCUUUAGGGAGAAUGCUGCUGGAUAUUUUAAAGUUUCUAUUUAUAUAUUGCCUUGUAUUGCUGGCAUUUGCAAAUGGCUUGAACCAAUUAUAUUUCUACUAUGAAACGGAUGGUAAAAGCCUAGGCUGCAAAGGAAUCAGGUGUGAAAAACAGAAUAAUGCCUUCUCAACGUUAUUUGAAACGUUGCAGUCUCUGUUCUGGUCUAUUUUUGGCCUUAUCAACUUGUAUGUGACAAAUGUAGAUCCAAAACAUGAAUUCACAGAAUUUGUUGGAGCCACAAUGUUUGGAACCUAUAAUGUCAUCUCUCUGGUUGUGCUUCUAAACAUGUUAAUUGCCAUGAUGAACAAUUCAUACCAGCUUAUUGCUGACCAUGCAGAUAUUGAAUGGAAAUUUGCAAGAACAAAGCUGUGGAUGAGCUACUUUGAAGAAGGAGGGACACUUCCCACCCCCUUUAACAUAAUUGCGAGCCCAAAGUCUUUAUGGUAUUUAAUUAAAUGGAUGAGAAAGCAGAUCUGUAAGAAGAAAAUGAAAAGGAAACCUGAAAGCUUUGGAGCUAUAGGGAGAAGAGCAGCUGACAAUUUGCGAAGACAUAAUCAAUACCAGGAGGUUAUGAAAAAUCUGGUUAAAAGAUAUGUUGCAGCCAUGAUCAGGGAUGCGAAGACCGAAGAGGGUUUAACAGAGGAAAAUUUUAAGGAAUUAAAGCAGGACAUUUCUAGCUUUCGCUUUGAGGUUUUGGGGUUGCUUAAAGGAAACAAAUUUAAUAUCCAAUCUUCAAAAAUGAAUAAUGGCGUUGCAGAUAUCCUAGAGACUGAAGAAAAAAGUAAAAUAAAGGAAAAAAGAAGUCGAUCACAGAAAAAAACUUUCAGCCUCUUUGACAUAACCACUAUGAUCCAUCCCAAAUCGGCAGUAAUCGCCUCUGAAGUACAAAACAGCGUGAGCAAUGGGUCUGCCUUAUUGGCCUCAGAACUAACCAAGGAGAAACAGAGAAAAAACAGCUUUGUCACAGACAUAAAAAACUUAGGCUUUUUCCACAGUCGUCCCAAAUCAAACUUCUCAGUUCCGAUUUCCAAGACAAUCUACUCUGUUUCUGAAGAGGUCGCCAACCAAGACACGGAAUCGUGUGAAAACACAGUUGACGUACAAGUCAAAGAUUCAGGGCCAAACUGCGAACUAAAUGUCAAUAAAUUAAAGGAACAAUAUUCCCUCCCUCCCAGCAUAGAAAAUACCUCAGAAAUUCUGUCUCUUGAACCCUUGGACAGUCAACACAGUUCUGUAGUUUUAACGGAACAUUCUGCAGAUGCCCGUAAACAAACUGAUUCGCCUGCUGACGAAAAUAGCACAACGGUUGACUCUGUCAAUGAAGAAGAUUCUACAACAAGACUGUGAUUUAAAAAAAAAAAAUACAGGUUCUGUAUAUAUAUACUGUAAAUAUAUAAUUUUAUAUCUUUCAUUUUUGGAAUGUCUGGACUUUGCACAGAUUCAUUAACACUUUGUCUGUAAAUAUUAUAAAUGCAGAGAUGUUAAAGUUGUAAAAAAAGGCAAUAUACUGUUGGGAUAUUCUCUUUUAUGACAUGUAACAUAGCAAUUCACGUUCAUAUAUAAAAAGGCAAGUUUUGCAAUAACAUUUUUAAAUGAAGAGAUGUUGUGACCAAAGCCAGAGUUGGUCACUAAUGUAGGAGAGAGGCAUUUCCAUCUAUGGUUAGCAACAUUUACCAUGAGCUAGAUGUGUCUGCGUUUAUUGAGUUCAUUUCCAUGUUAUAUGUAACAUGUAUAUUUGCAUCACUAUAAUUGUGCAUUAGGGUUUUUUUUAAUAUCUUAUGUAAAGAAGUAUGGAUAUGCUCAUGUCUUGUUUCCUAAAACCCAAUAUGAACAGGCAACAUUAUACAUAUACACCACUAUUAUUAUUAUUAUUUGUUUGACUGAAUGAUUGAGCAAGUUGAGUAAUUUAUGGACUUUGGACAGCACUAAUAAUAAUAUUUCUGACUUGAGGGCCAGCAAAAAGUUGUCAUGUUUGCAGGACCUACAGUAUAUCAACGUACAGUAAUUCGGUUACAUCAGGGUCACUCCAUAAGGCACUUCCCUUCAUGGUAAAUGACAUCAUGGAUGACAUCAAAUAUGACCAUAAACCGUGAUCCAUCCUGAUAAUAAAAAUAACAAAGAAAUAAGAAGAAAUAUUGUUAAGGGCAAGGAUUCCUGAUGAUUUUUUUUCCAAGAAUUACCAUGAUUUUCCAUGUGUCAUUCAUUUAAUCUAUACAGGUACACAGUCUCUCUCACGUACACUAUUCUAUGCAAAAUAUGCAUAACGAAAGCUUUCAGUCUCAAGCAAAUGCAAUGCAUUUGUUAACACUACAGAAACUGUCGCGCAUUAUGUAUGUUGUGAAUUCUUGUUGCAUGUUUCAAGACUCAUACUGUUAAUUUGCCUUAGACAUAAUUUAUGGCAGAAUUAAAAUUGCUGCUCAGGGAAUUCACAGCUAUUUUUUAUGCUGCUUGUGUACAGUAAAACAUACAACCAUGAGACAGGGAUUGGAGCAAACACUCCUUUUGGUGUGGACCAUGGAGAACUCAAAGUCAAGAAAACCUGAACUAAUCCCAUCCUUGACAAAUAGGGGCAGAUUUAUAAAGAUUCGAGUUGUUCUUUCCAUGAAGGUUUUUGCCCGAAAUCUUGAAUGAUCCGAGUGAUUCGAGGUUUUUUUAAAAUUCAUUUUCACUAAUUUGAAGUUUUUGGGUUGCGGGACUCGAACUCGCUGUUUCAGGUUUUUGUCAUUCAAGUUUUUUCUUAAAUAAGAUACCAUUCGAGUGAAUAUGAGUUCAUUCGAGGUAAAAAAAAAAACCUCUAACACUCGACCUUUGCUAAAUAACCCCCAUAGUGUAGCACAAAUUUUAAUUUCAUCACACAUACUUUGUUUAGAGUACUACAAGAGUGCUGCUCUUAUGUAAUUUUCAGUAGUGAUGGGCGAAUUUGUCCCGUUUCGCAUGGCCGGAAAAUUUGCGAAUUUCCCAUGAAAUUCUCGAAACGGCGAGAAAUCCAUGAAAGGCGAAUUUUGACGCGCGUGUCAAUUUUAAAGCCUGCAUCAAUUUGCGCCUGCCGAAUUUAUUCUUCCAUCACUAAUUUUCAGUACCACUCAGUUGUACACUAUUGUUAUCUGUACAUGUGCUAAGCUAUUUCUAAAAAAAUCAGUACAUUAUAUAGCAUGAUAAAGAAGCUAAGCAAGCAUAACCAGUGGGAAAUGUUGAUAUAUCUUGUAUACAUGGAUUCUAUAUUUGUCCUAUAGUAUAUUUUCUUCUCCUCAGAGGUGUUUAGUAUCUGCUGACCUUGUGAAAAUGGCAUUUCUGAAAUCAUUAGAGACCUCGAUAUCUGAUAUUUGUAUGGUAACUAAUAGAACAUGUAUAAGAGAAAAAAGUUUUGCACUAUAAAACCAAUUCUAGUAGGCUUCAGGGCUUCAUGUUUUUUUUAAAAAAAAAAUAGUCAUUACUAGUUUACACUUAACAAAACAAGCAUACCAUAAAUGUUAGACACAACAUUUAACUAGCUUCUCAUUUAAAAAAUUUUGGCUUUGGUUUAGACCCUUUUUGGCACAGAAUUUGCAUGUUAUAUUGUUGUCCUGAGUGCAUUAGGUUUGCAUUUAGAUUACUUGAGGGAUUAUCCUAGAGCAGGGGUCCGCAACCUUUUCACCACAUUCAAAUGUAAAAUGAGUUGAAGAACAACACAAGCAUAAAAAAGUCCCUGAUUUUGCCAAAUAAGGGGCGUGAUUUGCUAUUUGGUAGCCCCUAUGUUAACUGGUAGCCUUUGGGAGGCUCCGUUUGGCAAUACAUUAAAUAAAACUUGCCUCCAAGCCAGGAAUUCAAAAAUAAGAACCUGAGACCACUGGGAACAACAUCCAAUGGGUUGGUGAGCAACAUGUUGCUCCCGAGCCACUGGUUGGGGAUCACUGUUCCAAACUAUUAGUUCUAAUAUUCGGUUGAAUAAACAUUGCACCGGUACCUUUCAGAAGUUAUCAAUGUCUUCAACAUUCAGAUUAGAGCACUGUCCUUCACUUCCCUAAAAAAAUAUGUCAGUGGACGUGUGACUUUUUCCAUGCAAAGUACAUUGGAGACAAUGGUGUUUUCUGCACAAUUGGGCAUAAAAAGGUCCUUGUGUUAUUUUGAAGAAAUGUAGUCACCUUGAAUCCAAUACAAUGUUUGCCAAUGGCAAAAUGUUGAAUUUCACCACAAAUGCAUGCCUAGUAAAAAUUUAGCUCACUGUGGUGAAUAAUAUGGUGAAUAAAACCUAUAUUAUUUACCUAUGUCAGGAUAUCAACAAUAUAGUUUUUAUGCUUGGGUUUCAAGCUAACUACCCUUUUCCAACACAAAAAAGGACACUAACAGUUAGCAAAGACAAAAAUAUGAAACAUAAACUUAAACCUCAAUUUUUUUCUGGUUGAGUUUUUAAAGGGAAAAAAAAUUUUGAGGGGGAAAAAAUAGAAUUUUUAG